UAAAGUUAAUUGUUUACGUUUUCUCAUGCCGUGCAUGCCGUGAGCCGUGUCGUGUCUCAGUUUGAAGUUUUGAAGAAAUUGUUGCUGAAUUUGGUCAAGAUUUAAGCCCAUUUUCUCCUCUUUAGAUUAUCUUCUCAUCAUGGAAAGCAUCGGUGUAGCAUCAGUGUUUGACCCUCAGCACAACAGUCGCUUCAUCAGAACCUUCCACGAUUACUUCAACAACCAGACUUUGGCCGAUGUGUGCUUCAUUUGUAAAGAUGGGCAAAAAGUGAGAGCUCAUCAAAUGGUUCUUGGUGCUGUCAGCAAACUUUUGAAGAAGCUUUUAUUAGAAUUUGCUGGAACCAUGGAAGAAAUUGUCAUACAUUUACCAGAUGUUCCUUCAUCAUCCUUGAAGCAAGUCUUGUAUCUUCUGUACGAAGGCAACACGCAUUUGGUUGGUGAAGAAGAAUAUAAAGAAUUCAACUCUCUUCUUAGACUUCUCGGCAUCGAACCGGAUAAUUCGAAUACUUCAUCGAGGCAAGAGCUUGGAGGCAAUAAGCAGCCACACUUAAAUCCGUCAAUGGAUGAAUCGAGAGUGAAUUCUCAAUUCUCCUCACCACAGCAUCCCGCGAAUGUUAUCGAUCAUUAUCCUAAUAUGAAUCAGUCAACACCAAGCGGUCCCCCCAUUCAACAACAAAUGCCGCCUCAAGGAAACGUAAAUCUGCCUGGACCAAUGAUUGAUCACACACACUCAAACCCAGGUGGCAGAAUAUUCAAAUCUAAUAAAAGGAAACAAACAGAAGACCCAAAUCCAGGUGGAGCAAAAUCUCAAAAUAUCAAAACUGAACCUCCAAGCAACGAUAUUCAAAAUGCCCCUCAAAUAUCAACAUCUCACACAGGCCCUCAUCCAAAGACAAAUCAAAUUACAGAUAACAAAAGUUCUGUCUCCAAUAAAAUGUCCGACUCGAGAAAUGUGAGAGGUAGAGGCAGACCUCGAGGUAGUGGAAGUUCCAGUACAAGAAAGCAGACCUCCUCAGUUUCUCAUAGAGGAAAUAGAGGGAGUCAACCAGCAAGUUCCGACUGCGUCGUUGUUGAUGAUUGAUAAUUUUAUCUUUUUUAGAAAAUUUUUAAUUCCUAUUUUUCAUAUUUUUCUGCUCUUAGGUUAAGUAUAUUCUGAUUGACAAUGAAUGGGACAAAAGCAUUAAAUUUAGAUACAAACGAGUUUCCAAAAAGGAAGUUUAGAUGCUCUAACCACAAGCCCAGUAGCUUGGACUGAAAAAUUUAAAAAACUCGUUAACUUCAUAGAGGAAAUAUUCUUGAAAACUUGUUCAAAAACGAUUCAAGUAAAUUAAUUAGAAAACUCUUUUUGGCUUUUAUUAAAUUUAUGAAUGCUUCAGUUUCACAAGAUUUUUUUUUUCAUCACUUACUCAAUUGUUAAAUCUGACAAAAAUAUUUAGUUCUAUACUUAGACUCGCUGCAAUUCACUCUAUGUCUCUCAUCAUCUUGCGUUUAAAAAUGUAUAGAAUUUGACAACGAUUUUGUUGUUAAUUUUUUUUAAUUCUCAUCAAUUUACUCUUUUUUAAAUUUUACGUAGAUCUGCGAAAAAUCCAGGAAAGGUUUCCUAAUUCAUACCGUGUAACAUUUUGGUUUUGUUUUUUAAAGUCCAAAGGAAACAGUUAAAGCUACAAGGGAAUUACUUUGUUGCCCCCCACUGCAUGUUGAUGUCUCAAGAUUGCUGUGUCUCAAGACGUAUAUGGCCAUUUUACUCCCUCUUGUAAACCAUUGCAUAAGUUUUCUUAACAAGUGAGUUAAGCUUCUCCAAAAUUCCUUAAAAAUAGAUGAAGCAAAGUAGUUAUUGAAAAAAAUUUUACAAUGGUUCUGUGAGGAAAUACUGUAAUGUUUGUGAGAAUUCAGAGACUUUACAAUGUUGACCUGGUGUCAAAGUUGAUCUGUAAAGUUGCAAAUAUUUUCUUUUCUUUUCUUUUCUUUUAAGUUCAAACCAGUAUGUUUUCUCCUCGACAAUUCCACUGCAGCAUUCAGCUGGACUACAUUUUGCAAUUAGGAACUUCAAUUUCUGGCGCAGUUAAGAAACAACGUAUGUACCAUUAGGUUCCCUAUUCACACAAGUUGUUUUACAGAUGAGCCAGAAACUGUAGUUCUGCAAUGCAAGAUAUAGUUCAGUUGGAGUAUCUCCUCUAAUGUCCCAAAAGUCAAUCAGGGAGGAGAAAUUAUCCAGUAAAACAUUAUUUUUGAUUAUCAGAUGUCUUCAUGAAUAUGCUGUUCACUGGUCUUUUUUCAUGAAUAACUAGGUAUAAUUUGUGAUGAUUUUUAUUUGUAAUUGCCAAGAAUGCAUAAUUACGUUGUUCUUAGUAUUAAAAAACUUUGGCAUUCUUAAUAAUACUAAAUGCAGUCACAUUAUUUGGUGGGAAAAGUACAUUAAUAACAAAAAUCUCAAUGUUGAGAGGCUUGUCCUUUCUGAUUUAUUUGGCGCUCGAAGCCUGUGCUAAAGGAUGGUAAUGUGAAUAAUAGCAUUCCACCAACAGAGUAAAGAAUUUCCACUCUUAUGUAGCAUUACCUUGUUGGAACAAGGAUAUUUAUGUUAGAGAAAUCCAUAACACAAAACUUAUUUACUAAUGAUUUUAAUAGUUAAAAAAUGUUAUCUCAGAAAUUGCCUCUCGUGUUUAGAACUGCCAUGUAACCAGUGUCAUGAUUGAAAUAACCCAUAUAAUCAACAGGGAAAGACGUAGGCAAGUAACAUCUUAUAGUGUCCAAAUAAUGUAAGCUUUUAAAUUCACUUGAUCAGAGAACUGAGGGAAAUCAUUCGUGAUUGUUCUGCUGAAGAUUUCAAGCUAAUGACUAACUUGUCAUCAAAAACUUAGCAAAAAUCAGUUGUACGAUGCCGCCCAAUGAAUUCCCAACUUGCAUAAUUUAAACAAUGCCUGCUCAAAUCUUUUGUGGACAAGAGUCGCAUAUCAAGGGCUAAGGAACAAUACGGCUUAACUGAAAAUUUUGGCAAAAAUGAAUUCACAACUUUGCUGCAUUCCAAAGUUUAAAAUGCGCAAGCUGAUUUUUUAGAUCUUUUUAAUUUCCGCAUGGGAGCGCUGCAUGAUGUUUUAAAAAAACUCAAGCGCAAACUUAAAGUUGAUAACAAGGCCAAGUUUUUUCUUCGUUCCAUAAAAUCGACAGUUUGCAAUUAGACGGUAUUGUUCCUUAGCCAUCGCUACGUUAGUUUGAAGGUUGAUAUCUGAACUCUGAAAGUCAGAGACAGGUUAUAAUGUGACCUUUCGAAACGUAUUGUUGGAUUUUAGGUAGCAGUAAUAUUUGUUUCUGAAAAAAUGGAAAUUUCACUGAAUCCAUGAUUUUUAUGGAAAAAAAGCCUUAGAGCCAAUAUAUUUUUCCGGGAGCUCAAGAAACACAUUUCAAUUUUUGAUUGUGAAGGUAAUAUUUUUAUAUUGUGAUCCAAGAGGUACAUUCACUUAUCUCAUGACUUUCCUUCAAUGGAGUCAUGCAGUUGUAGUUAGUGUUUUUGUCAUGCCUCAAAUGUAAACAAACACAUAACCUUUUUUCUCAUUUGCGCCAUAAUGACAAAAGGCGUCCAAGUGUUUCUUACAAUGGAAAUUUCUUGUUUUUAAUGAGUCCUUAAUGGAUUCAUGACCAGUCAGUGACUAAAUUUCAAUAAAUUAAACCAUUAACUCACGAAGAAUUUGUACAUAAGGCUAUGUUAGUUUCUUUUGGUUUGAACCAAGAGUUUGAUAUUAUGUCGAGCGAUGAGGUUACUAAAUCAGUCGACGAGGAUUUCUUCUUUUGAAACAUAAUGUAACUCCAUUAAAUACUUGCAAUUCAAAUGUUUUUUUUUCUUUUCUUUCAAUCGUUGGAUUUAAGAUUUUUUCAAUUGACACAAAAACAAGAAAUCCAUUAUUCAAAUAUAAGAGCACUUCAAAGAGUAUUAAAGUUAUUUGCAACUCCUCAAACAUGAGAAAUUGAAUUCGGUACGGUUAAUUUUAAGUAUGGAAAUGACUGACUCAAUAACUUUAGUUACUUAGCAUCUUGUUACCAAUUAGAAAAUUGAAAAAAUAUAUUUUUACGAAUUUUAUAAAUAUUGUGUUCAAGUA